AAAUUCUCCGCAGCGGUGCCGCUCAGGAUUCUAACACAGCGCUCAGCGGCGGGAGUUUCCCAUGGUGCCCGCACGCGCACGGCCGCAGCAGGAGAGCCGAGCCCUCCAGCGGCCUGCUGUCAUGCGUGGACACGCUGGGUGUGUUCUCCGCCAUAUUGGUCGCUAGUGUGCUCCGGGGUCAUUUCUGUCGACUGCUAUGCCGAGCGCCCACUAGUAUAGCAGCGCUACAGCGCCACACAGGCAGUACACUUCGCAGACGCGACUAGCCAGCGAAGGCACGGCCAUGGGUUCCCACACCGGCGGCGGCGGCAGCCGCGUGCUCCUCCUGCCGUACCCGAGCCAGGGCCACGUCCACCCGAUGCUCCAGUUCGCCAAGCGCCUGGCGCUCCAUGGCCUGCGCCCCACGCUGGCGGUCACCCGCUUCAUCCUCGCGACCUGCGCGCCCGACGCCGCCGCGCUGGGCGGCGUCCGCCUCGCCGCCGUCUCGGACGGCUUCGACCGCGGCGGCUUCGGCGAGUGUGGCGACGUCACCACCUACCUCGCCCGGCUCGAGGACGCGGGCUCCGAGACACUGGGGGAGCUCCUCCGGGACGAGGCCGCCGCCGGCCGCCCCGUCCGCGCGGUGGUCUACGACGCGUUCCUGCCGUGGGCGCGGGCCGUGGCCCAGCGCCACGGCGCCGCCGCCGCCGCCUUCUUCACGCAGCCGUGCGCCGUCAACGUCACCUACGGGCACGUGUGGCGCCGCCGGGUGGGCGUGCCGGCGGAUAAGGGGAUGGUCCGCCUGCCCGGGCUGCCGGCGCUCGAGCCGGAGGGCCUGCCUUGGUUCCUCAGGGUCGGGCCCGGCCCGUACCCGGCCUACUUCGAGCUGGUGAUGCGCCAGUUUCAGGGCCUGGAGGAAGCCGACGACGUGCUCGUCAAUUCGGUCCACGAGCUGGAGCCCGAGGAGGCGGAGUACAUGGCGUCGGCGUGGCGCGCCAAGACGAUCGGGCCGACGGUGCCGGCGUCCUACCUCGGCGACGGCCGCCUCCCGUCCGACACCAAGUACGGCCUCCACCUCUUCGAGCUGACCACGGCGCCGUGCGUCGCCUGGCUGGACGCGCACCAGCCGCGCUCCGUGGUGUACGCCUCCUUCGGCAGCCUGUCGGACCUCGACCCGUCGGAGAUGCGGGAGGUCGCGCGCGGCCUCCUCGACUCCGGGCGGCCGUUCCUCUGGGUGGUUCGCGCGUCGGAGGCCCACAAGCUGCCCGCCGGCUACGAGGACGACGCCCGCGGCGGCGGGCUGGUGGUGUCGUGGUGCCCGCAGCUGGAGGUGCUGGCGCACCGCGCCGUGGGGUGCUUCCUGACCCACUGCGGGUGGAACUCGACGGUCGAGGCGCUGGUGGCCGGCGUGCCGAUGGUGGCCGUGCCGCAGUGGACGGACCAGCCCAUGAACGCCAGGUACGUGGAGGCCGCGUGGCGCGUCGGCGUGCGGGUGCGGCCGGCGGCUGCCGACGGGCUCGUGCGGAGGGGCGAGGUGGCCGGGGGCAUCGAGGAGGUGAUGGGCGGGGAGAGGAGCGGCGAGUACAGACGCAACGCCGCCGCGUGGAUGGAGAAGGCCAGGGCGGCGAGCAGGGAGGGCGGCAGCUCCGACAGGAACAUCGCCGAGUUCGUGGCCAAGUACUCCUCCAACUCCAAGUGAUCAGUCUUGUAGCAAAUUGGCAUCACAUGAACUCCUGACAUGUUGGCCUAAUAUUGUAGCUACAAAUGGUUUAGACAUUUGCAUCUCAGAACAUACAAACCGAGUGACAGUAUUGUGUAAUAAAAUAAAUUAGCAAAUGGAGUUCAUACCAUACCAUCCCAAAAGUA